AGGGAAAAUUCAUAAUGUGGAAUGAGUAUUGGUAAUGUAGUUUUUAGUUGAUUUGUACGGAUCACCAGUUACAGCAAAAUGGAGGGAAUCUUUUUUCAGUUUUGACUUUUGAUUGGAUUUGGUCCCCAAAUCCACAGAGAGAUGAGAUGAGAUCUACUACUACUUCCCAAUAGUAUGUAUGUUGAAUUAUCCAAUAUCCAUCUCCAUCCUCCUCUUCGGAUCGAUUUGGUUGAGCCAAUAGUAAGUAAUUAUUAUCCAAUUUUCAAUCUAAAGCUUCAAUUUUGCACAAUUAUGAUUAUCCUAGUUACAAACCAUUUCCUUCAAUGCAAUAUCAAUUUUCUAAUCUGAAGAGUGAAGAUUGUAAAUUUAUUUAGAUUGUUGAGAUCGAUCGAUCGAUCUCCUCCCUACAUAAAUAUAAUAAUAGAUAGAUAGAGUGUGUAUUCUUUCUGUAAUGGGUGCGAAUCAGUCCGCACAAGUAGUCCAAGAAGAAGAUGAUGAUGAUGAUGCUGAUGAAAAUGUCGAGACAAGAGAAUUGAAUGAUGAUAACAGUUUGGUGAAGAAGGUUCUUGAACAAGAGCCGGAGAUGUUAACCUACCACGCCUCAGCAUCGCCACUCUCCCCUCAGCUCUCCUCAUUCGGCACCCCCAGACUUGGGCCCUCCUCCUCCAUCAAGGUCUGGGACCCUUACAAUGUUCUGGCUCCCCCACCACCACCUCAAUUCGUUGAUCGGACGGUUACGGAGGUGUUCUUGAUCAGUCACGGGGAAUGUCACAUCAAUCUAAGGCCGGAUUUGGUUGGCGGUCUGUGCCCCGAAGCUACCCUCACGCCAAUCGGGAAUAGACAAGCUAGGGCUUUGGCCGUCUUCCUUAAAUCGCAGGGGGUUCGCUUUCAUGCUGUCUAUACCUCGCCUUUGGAUCGGGCGCGAGCAACCGCAGUUUCAGUCUGUCAGGAGACAAAUUUUGCAGCGGAGCAUAUACAAUCCUCAGAUGCACUUGUGGAUAUGAGUAUGGGACAUUGGGAGGGCUGCCACCGGUCCAAAAUAUACACACCUGAAAUGUUGAGCUUUAUGGACAGACUGCAGCCUGAUUUUUUUGCACCGUCUGGGGAAUCAUUUAGGCAGGUAGAAUUCCGAAUGGUCCAGUUCUUGAAUGGAAUAGUUUUGGGACUGCCUGAGAAGUUGAGAUCAGAUUUCUCCUCGCCUCAAAAUGAGAUUCAAGGAUUUUCACACCACAAUUCUCACUCUCUUUCGAACUCAUUUCUUGAUCGAGAUGGGCCUUCCCUCCCAGCUCCACAUUGGGAUUUGCUUCAUAGGAACCGGCAAGGGAUUCAAAGGAAGAAAUCUGGAAAGAGCAGGCUACAGUUCGUGACAACUACAAGUGGAGAUCAUGAAGCUGAAGAUGAGAUGUCCCCUCAAGAAUUCAACAAUGAAAGCUCUUUUCGUGAUAUAAAUGUUAGGAGCUCCUCCUCUCUCAACUCUUCUUCUAUUUGUGUUUUCACUCACUCGGUACCGAUUAAGUGUCUUCUCACCGGCCUCCUUGGAUGCAGUCCUAUAAUGUCACAAAAGAUAUGCAUAGAAGAUUCUUCAGUAUCAGUGUUGCGACAUUCAUGGAAAUUGGGAUGGCAGAUUAAGAGAUUGAAUGAUACUGCACAUCUUAGACUUCUCUAGUCAGGAAAUAUGAGUACCACCUUUUGAAAAUAUUGGUGGAAAAUGAAUAGUUGAUGGUUGACUGAAACUGGCUUAUUAUAACAACCCGUGGAUUGAAAUUGUGCCUGCAACUGAAGGUUUCACAUGCUGUUCUGUUGAUGGUUUUGCUUCUUGUAACAUUACUAUAUUUAUUUCCAAGUUACCAACUCCGAAGAAAAAAGAAUCUGAUGUUGGAGUUGUGAUCUUGGUGUCACUGAUUCUUUUGAUUAUUGGCAUUAACAAGUGUUGUUGCUAUAGAGUGAGACAUAAACUUCCUGACUUGGGGGGAUAAUAAGCUGUUUUGCAUUACAGUAAUGUGAUUUUUUGUAAUACAAUGAGAAGGAAGCUCUGUCCUUGUCAGGUCUGCUAUUUUUAUGUACAAUUGGAAUAUAGAAAGCUUACAGGAUAUUUCAAAUGUCAGGCUGUAUUUAUCCUUUA